AUGAGCAUGAGUCACAGCCCUCAAAGUCGGCAUAACCUUUCUCGGCAGUCAUCGUCCAAGUCGAAUUCGGGGACAAAGCAAGAACCACUUAGCCCUAUACCUAGUGGAUGCUGUCGAGGCUUCAGCAGCGUUAGGACUGUGGAAUCGACCACAUCAACCUUGCAACAGCAUCAGCUCCAGCAUCGUUGUGAAAAAUUGGAAGGAAAGGUGGCAGGUUUGGAAAAGGAGGUGCAAAGGCAGACAGAACUUCGAGUCAUGUAUAGGAAAAGACUGGAACGGACGCAAGAUUACUUAAGGUACUGCCUCCAAAUAGCACAGGAAAAUGGAAUAUUGGACCUCAUUAACCACUCCAAAGGUGGACUCCAACACUCUCCUCUCUCUAUCCACACCGUCAACUCCGCCACCACCAGUCCUCAAAUUUUCACUCCUGCGAACCAUCACCCCAAUCUAGCGGCCGUCAUUGAUCAAGCUAAAAUCAAUGGCUGGUAUAUAAAUCCAAUUGAGAUUCAGUUGGAAGAGAAAAUAGGGCAGGGAACCACGGCAGACAUUCAUAGGGGAACAUGGCGCGGAUUUGAUGUGGCGGUAAAGUGCAUGUCUACUGAAUUCUUCAGCACAAAUGCAAACGGUGUUACAUUCUUCGCUCAAGAGGUUGAAACUCUCUCAAAGCAACGCCACCGGUUUGUGCUUCAACUUAUGGGUGCGUGCCUUGAGCCUCCUCAUCAUGCAUGGGUUGUUACCGAGUAUCUAAGCACCACGCUCAAAGAGUGGCUAUUUGGCCCUGGCAAAAGGUGCAAAGAUAGAAUUGUGCCACUUCCACCUUUCAAAGACAGAGUGAUGAUGGCCUUAGAGAUAGCCCAAGCCAUGCAAUAUCUUCAUGAACAAAAGCCCAAAGUUAUUCAUCGUGACUUGAAGCCCAGCAACAUUUUCUUGGACGAUGCCAUGCAUGUUAGAGUAGCUGAUUUUGGACAUGCCCGUUUCUUGGACGACGAGGAAAUGGCUCUCACUGGAGAAACAGGAACAUACGUGUAUAUGGCACCAGAGGUGAUCCGAUGUGAGCCCUAUAAUGAAAAAUGUGAUGUAUAUAGUUUCGGUGUCAUAUUUAACGAGCUUCUAACUGGAAACUACCCCUACAUUGAAACAGAAUAUGGUCCCCUCAAGAUUGCUAUGGAAGUAGUGGAGGGUAAGCUGCGUCCUAUGCUUCCAUCACAGGAUGAUGGUUUCCAACUGGAAGAGCUGAUUGACUUGAUAUGCCUUUGCUGGGAUGGAAAUCCAUCUACUCGACCAUCCUUCUCAACAAUUAACAGUAGCCUCAAAAGUUACGUCAAGAAAGUCCUUCAAAGUUCAAACUAG